CGACGGAGCCCGCCCCUUCCCGCCUCCGCCGGGCGCCAUGGGCUGGGAGGAGAAGCAGGUCCGCGGGUACCCCGAGUUCGUGCAGACGGCGCAGCGCUACCACGGCCGGCCCAUCUUCGCGCUCUUCUGCGGCGACAAGGACGCCGAGGGCAGGAGCUGGUGCCCGGACUGCGUGACGGCUGAACCGGUUGUGAGGAGGGAACUUCAUAACAUGCCUGAUGAGUCUGUAUUCAUCUACUGCCUAGUAGGAGACAGAGCCUACUGGAAAGAUCCCAACAAUGAAUUCAGGAAGAAUCUGAAACUAACAGGAGUGCCUACACUACUUAAAUAUGGAACACCUCAGAAGCUGGUUGAAGAAGAAUGUUUUAAAGCAGAGCUUGUGCGUAUGUUGUUUACUGAAGACUAAAUCCUCCAGUAGUCAAUCAUUUACGAAGAUGUUGAUCUCAAGUUAUGUGCAGUGUCCUUUCAAGGAAUCCUUAAACUUUUAAAAAAACUUUCAUGGUUAAUUACUUCAGAGUAGUCAAAAUAAGUGUCAUUAAAUUCUAGGUCCAAACCUUCCACUAAAAUCUUGCAACAAAAAACUGUAUCUUUCCUUUCAUGUUCAAAUAAACUUGAGUUUGCAAACAGUC